AUGUCCUGGAAGCUCACCAAAAAACUGAAGGAGACGCAUCUGGCUCCCCUCACCCAAGGGUUUGGCCGAUCGUCUUCCACCUCCACAAUCAAGGGCGAUUCCAACGGCGGUGGCGGUGAUGAAACACCCGUUACCCCCCAAGCCCCCAGCAUCGCCGCUGCUCCCAGCAAUACUGCAAGUGGCAUUGCCAAUUCAGAGUUCCUCGUCUCUCCCCCUGUGAACCCGGUCAACCCGGGUAUUCUGAUUGUCACCCUCCACGAAGGCCGAGGGUUCGCUUUGUCUCCUCAUUUCCAGCAGAUUUUUAACUCUCAUUUCCAAAACAACUCCUACGCCCCCUCUUCUUUGCGUCCGAGCACCUCUUCCUCGUCACACUCUACACACGGACAAGCUGGUUCUUUCGUGCAAAACAACCGUCCACAGUCCACUAGUGGUGGCAUGAACUCUGCCCCUACAGUCCACGGCCGUUAUUCGACUAAAUACCUCCCCUAUGCUCUUCUCGAUUUCGAAAAGAAUCAGGUUUUCGUGGAUGCUGUGUCGGGGUCUCCCGAAACCCCACUGUGGGCUGGUGAUAACACUGCUUUCAAGUUCGAUGUGUCUCGGAAGACAGAGUUGAAUAUCCAGCUUUAUCUGCGCAAUCCUGCCGCCCGUCCUGGUGCCGGUCGCAGUGAGGAUAUCUUCCUUGGCGCUACGAAGGUUACACCACGCUUCGAGGAGGCAACUCAACCUUAUGUGGAGGACCCAAAACUCAGCAAGAAGGACAACCAAAAGGCCGCCGCUGCUCAUGCCGAGCAAGAACGGGCCUCCGGUCAGCGGGGUGUCGAGUGGCUGGAUCUCCAGUUCGGCAAUGGUUCGAUCAAGAUCGGCGUCUCGUUCGUUGAGAAUAGACAGCGCAGUCUGAAGAUGGAGGACUUCGACUUGUUGAAGGUCGUUGGUAAGGGAAGUUUCGGCAAGGUCAUGCAGGUCAUGAAGAAAGAUACCGGUCGAAUUUACGCCCUGAAGACGAUCCGCAAGGCUCACAUUAUUUCCCGAUCGGAGGUCACACAUACCUUGGCAGAGCGAUCGGUCCUCGCGCAAAUCAACAAUCCUUUCAUCGUUCCUCUGAAGUUCUCUUUCCAGUCGCCCGAAAAGUUAUAUUUCGUUCUCGCAUUCGUCAAUGGUGGAGAGCUCUUCCACCACCUUCAAAGAGAGCAACGAUUUGAUAUCAACAGGGCUCGCUUUUACACUGCCGAACUUCUGUGUGCCCUUGAGUGCCUUCACGGAUUCAAGGUCAUCUACCGCGAUCUCAAACCUGAGAAUAUUUUGCUUGAUUACACUGGCCAUAUUGCGCUGUGCGAUUUCGGUCUUUGCAAGCUGGACAUGAAGGAUGAGGACCGAACCAACACAUUCUGCGGAACUCCCGAAUAUCUUGCACCCGAAUUGCUUCUUGGCAAUGGAUAUAGCAAGACUGUUGAUUGGUGGACUCUAGGUGUCUUGCUUUACGAGAUGUUGACUGGUCUCCCGCCAUUCUACGACGAGAACACCAACGAGAUGUACCGCAAGAUUUUGCAAGAGCCCUUGACUUUCCCAAGCAGUGACAUCGUGCCUCCAGCUGCUCGAGAUCUUCUCACCCGCCUGCUGGAUCGCGAUCCUCAGCGCCGUCUUGGUGCCAACGGUGCUGUUGAAAUCAAGUCUCACCACUUCUUCGCCAACAUUGACUGGCGCAAGCUUCUUCAGCGGAAGUAUGAGCCCAGCUUCCGCCCUAACGUGCUGGAUGCUCGUGAUACUGAUAACUUUGAUCGCGAGUUCACUGAGGAGGCCCCAAAGGACUCCUAUGUUGACGGUCCUGCGUUGUCAUCGACUGUGCAACAGCAGUUUGCCGGCUGGUCCUAUAACCGGCCCGUGGCCGGACUCGGCGACGGCGGCGGUAGUGUCAAGGACCCGUCCUUCGGCAGCAUUCCGGAGUAA